AAAAAAUCCAAAUGCGGGAAAUGUGUCACCAUUCAUUCUGACAGCAUGGCGAUGGCGGGGCAAGAGGAACAAUUCUCGGCAGUUCUUGCCAAUCUUAUGUCGCCUGAUAACGACACAAGAACACAGGCAGAGCAAACAUAUGAAGGCAUAGCACCGGCAACGAAGGUCCAAUUUCUGGUACAGACGAUAGGAAGUCAAGGCCUACCCGAGAGGACGCAGCUUGCAGCUGUACUGCUCCGACGUCUCUUCAACACAAACUUUGACCAGGUCUGGCCUGAUUCGCCCCAGGAUGUUCAAGAGGGGAUCAAAGCGCAGCUGGUCCAGAUCCUGCAUCACAUCAACGAUGGCAUGUUGAGGCGGAGGGUGUGCGACGCCAUCGCAGAACUCGCCCGCAAUCUCAUUGACGAUGAAGGGAAUCAGCUGUGGCCGGACAUCUUGCAGUUCUUAUUCCAAUGUAGCACCUCAACCAGCCCGGAGCUCAAGGAAAGCGCACUCCAUAUUUUCAAUAAUUUUCCUGGUAUUUUUGGCAACAAGCAAGAGUAUUAUCUGGUUGUCAUCAAAGGCAUGUUGGCACAGUGUCUUGAAAAGCAGGAACAACCCCAGGUUCGAAUCGUUGCUGCCAAGGCUACGAUAUCAUUCAUCGUGACCAACGGGAAAGAGAAGGCCAUACAGAAACAUUUUAUGGAUCUUAUGCCUGGUGUUUUGGAUAUCGUCACAGAGAGUAUCAGUGGUCAAGAGGAUGAUACCCUUCUCAAAGCUUUCUUAGAGUUAGAAGAGAGUACACCGAAGCUCCUCAGACCGUACAUGGAAAACGUCCUCAACCUUGCCAUAGGUAUUAUUCGGGAAAGUAAUCUCCCUGAUAGUUGGCGACAGCUCGGUCUGGAGAUGGUGGUAACGUUGUCAGAAGCAGCAGCAGCAACGUUGCGGAGAUUUCCCAAAUACAUCGAGACUGUCGUUCCUUUGAUGCUGAACAUGAUGAUGGAUCUGGAGGAGGAGAACGACUGGGCUAGUUCUGACGAGAUCGAGGACGAGGACAAUGACAGUAAUGCCGUGGCAGGAGAGAGCGCCCUCGAUAGGUUCGCCUGUGGCAUUGGAGGAAAGACAAUGCUCCCACACAUCACAGCUGCCAUCCCUAAAAUGUUACAGAAUGCCGACUGGAAGUCGCGGCAUGCUGCUCUGAUGGCAAUAUCCGCUGUAGGUGAAGGGUGUCAUAAAGAGAUGGAAGCAGUGUUAGACAAGGUGUUAGACUCAGUACUGCCAUACCUGAUUGAUGAGCAUCCGCGAGUCCGUUAUGCAGCUUGCAACGCUCUAGGUCAGAUGGCAACAGACUUUGCUCCAACAUUUGAGCUCAAAUAUCAUGCAAAGGUUAUCACUGGACUCCUCCAAGCGCUGGACGACUACGGCCACCCUCGAGUCCAAGCCCACGCCGGUGCAGCCCUGGUCAACUUCAGUGAAGACUGUCCGAAAUCCAUCCUUCAACAAUAUCUUGGGUCCAUUCUAGAGAAGCUGGAAGCUAUCAUUGCCAUGAAGAUGCAAGAGCUUCUCCAAAAGGGAACUAAAUUAGUCCUGGAACAAAUGGUGACCACACUAGCUGCCGUUGCCGACACAACGGAAGAGAAUUUCACACCGUUCUACGAUAAGUUCAUGCCAAGUCUCAAAUACAUCAUCCAGAACGCUAACACAAAGGAGUACAGGCUGCUGAGAGGAAAGACCAUAGAAUGUGUCAGUUUGAUUGGUCUGGCAGUGGGAACACAGAAGUUCAUGCAAGAUGCCAACGACGUGAUGGACCUCCUCUUAAGAACACAGACGGACUCCAGCGAGCUAGAGGACGAUGAUCCCCAGACCUCAUACAUGAUAUCUGCCUGGGCGAGGAUGUGCAAGCUUCUUGGACCUAGCUUUGCAAACUAUCUGCCGGUCGUCAUGAAACCCCUCCUAAAGACUGCAUCCCUCAAGCCAGAAGUUGCCCUCCUUGAUUCUGAAGAUGCUAAGAAUAUCAGCGAAGAAGAAGGAUGGCAGUUUGUAAAUCUUGGUGAUCAACAAAGUUUUGGGAUCAAGACGGCCGGGUUGGAAGAUAAGAGUACCGCCUGUCAGAUGUUGGUUUGUUAUGCCAGAGAGCUCAAGGAAGCCUUUGCAGACUACACCGACCAAGUGGUCGACAUCAUGGUCCCUCUGCUGAAAUUCUACUUCCAUGAUGUAGUGAGGUACACUGCCUCCGAGUCCCUCCCCCUCCUACUGGAAUGCGCCAAGAUCAAGGGAGAGAAGUAUGUCGAGGCCAAGUGGGGGUACAUCUAUCCAGAGCUACUCAAAGCCAUUCAGACAGAGCCAGAGGUGGACAUCCUGCAACAGCAUAUGGAGUCGUUCGGCAAGUGCAUAGAAUUCUUGGGACGUGGCUCAUUGAAUGCCAAUCAGAUGCAGGAGGUCGGCACAACGUUGAAUGACAUGUUUGAACAGCACUACAAGAGACAACAAGAAAGACAAGAACAAAGAAAAGAUGAAGACUAUGAUGACAUCGUGGAAGAAGGCCUUCAGGAUGAGGACGAUGAUGAUGUUUACCUUCUCAGUAAGAUCUCGGACAUCUUGCAUGCCGUAUUAGGAACGCACGCAGACAUCGCCCUACCACUCUUUGAAAUGCUGUUGCGAAACAUUGUCAGACUACUGCCAAAUGACAAACCAUGGACGGACAGACAGUGGGGCAUUUGCAUGUUUGAUGAUCUCAUAGAAUUCUGUGGACCCAUUGCCUGGCAGUACAAGGAUUAUUUCCUUGGUCCCAUGCUACAGAAUCUGUGUGAUAGGAGUGCGGAGGUCAGGCAGGCUUCCGCCUACGGGUUUGGGGUCAUGGGCAAGUGUGGAGGUCCGCAAUUCGCUCCUGCAUGUCUUGAGGCUGUCCCCGUCCUGACCAAAGUCAUCAUGCAGCCGGGAGCGAGGGAAAAAGAGAACCUCAACGCCACCGAGAAUGCCAUCGCCGCAGUAACCAAGAUCAUGAAACAUCACCAAGCCAGCUUGAACAUGGCAGAGAUCGUCCCUGUCUGGUUCUCAUGGUUACCAGUCACAGAAGACAAGGAGGAGGCAGGCCACAUCUACGACUUCCUCUGCGAUCUUGUCGCGACGAAUAACGCUGUCAUCUUGGGAGCAAACAAUGAGAAUUUACCGAACAUCCUGUCGGUCAUCGCAGAAGCCUUCGCUAGAGAAGCUCUCACGGAUAACGAGGAGGUUUUCAGAAAGUGUAGCAACAUCGUUAGGGAAGUGCAAAAUAACAAUGAGCUAUGGGCUCUAUGCCUGACUCAACUAAACGAGGAGCACCAACAUGCCCUCGUCACAGCUCUUCAGAUGACGGCUUCAUAGAGGGCGACAAACAGCAUCCUUGUCUUCUCUCAGGCGCUGUGCGUCUCUCAUCAAAUCACGGCUUUGUAGAGGGCGACAAACACAAUCCUUGUCUUCUCUCAGAUGCUGUACAUCUUUCAUCUCAAAAUCUUAUCAUCGAUCAAAAGUCUGUCUUUGCUUUUUAUUCCAAGUGUGGCACAAAAGAAUUUUUAGUCCGUCUUUUGCAACGCAUCAAUAUUUUUCGCAUUUUCUCUCCCAUGUCUAUCAUGAAUUCUAAAAUGUACAUAACAUAAAACGGAGAAUGCUUUCGCUAAGUAACACUACAUAAGAUAUAUAGUAACAUCGUUAAUACAAAAAACAACUAUUAUUAGUGAAGAGGAAUAAAAUAGAAAUAAUAUUCUUAUUUCAAAACAUUAAAUUGCGUGGUCUUAUACCGUUUCAACUAAAUUUGUUAGUUGUUUCUAGUUACCCUAAUGCAGCAUCUCAGUUUAUCAUCUAAAUACAGAUUGCGUUGCUAACAUGAGGGUGAUGUAUAGAUCUACAUUCUGACAUGUACACGCCCAUUGCAUCAAGCUCUCCCUAUCGAGAAAGAAA